AAAAGAUGUACCCGAACUUUUGCCGAAGAACGUCAGCAUGAGCGCAGCGACUGUUCAACCUGAGACUGCUGUCCAAAUACACGACGCUCAAAAGAAGGCGAGCUCACUGCAAAGAGCAAAGGUCGCCGUGCAAUACCUCAUUGACCCAAAGACCGGACCGCAACCAGCACAUCUACGGACAAGAACUUUUCUACGGAGUCUACGCUACCUCACCAUCUUCAUCUUCUGGCGUCUGCUACGUUAUGCCAGAUAUGCGGCAGUAGGCGCGCUCGUGGCAGCUGUAUCAGGUACAGCUAUCGGCUCGGUGGCAAGUGGAGCAGCAUUGUUCAUUGCGCCUCCUGGAAUUUUCGCUGGAGCGGGUGUGGGCCUUUUGUGGGCUUUUGCGAGGUUUGGGUGGAACCGGGCGAAAGCGAGAAUGCGGCGGCACCAGCACGACGAGCAUGCUGAUCCGAGGAAGGAUGAGCAGGAGGAUGCUGUCCGCUCGAAGCACUCGUCAGCCGAUUCGGAGCCAUCUUUUGGCAGUGAACCAUGGUGAUCCUGUCACUCCUUCAUGAGAGGCCCAGCACGGCGGUUUUCGUAAUUUAUAUCCGCAGUCUGCGGUGGAGAGAGGGCAAACGAAAUGGCACACAUU